AUGUCCCCCCUCAUGAGAUAUACUCGCGUAGACGAGCUGCCCAUCAAUGAGCUGUUGUCGAAACUGACAGUGGAUGAAAAGGUGGCUCUUCUUGCAGACUUUUGGCACACGACACCUUUGCCACAUCACGGCAUACCAUCCAUACGCGUUUCCGACGGACCGAACGGCGUGCGCGGCACGAGAAUCUUCGCCAGUGUCCCCUCGUCAUGUUUGCCAUGUGGGACAGCAUUGGGCGCGACAUUCAACCCAGAGUUGCUGGCUGAGCUUGGCCAUCUACAAGGCCAAGAAGCCAAGGCGAAGGGAGCUGUCUGUGUCCUUGGUCCUACACUCAAUAUCCAGAGAGGUCCUCUGGGUGGCCGUGGCUUCGAGUCCUUCUCCGAAGACCCGCUACUCUCUGGUAUCCUGUCAGGAUACUACACCAAAGGUCUCCAAGAGGAAAACAUUGCAGCUACGCUCAAGCAUUUUGUCUGCAAUGAUAUGGAACAUGAGCGAUUGGCCGUCAACGUCAUUAUUACGGAGCGCGCCAUGCGGGAGAUUUACCUGUUGCCUUUCAUGCUUGCCAUUAGCAUUGGCAAUCCUCGAGCUAUCAUGACGGCAUAUAACAAGGUUAAUGGAACACACGUCUCCGAAAGCACGUCAAUUUUGCAAAACAUUCUUCGGGACGAGUGGAAAUUCGAUGGCCUUGUUAUGAGUGACUGGUUUGGUACCUACAGUACAACAGGUGCGAUUCAUGCUGGCCUUGACUUGGAAAUGCCUGGCCCAACACGCUGGAGAGGCUCGUCCCUAAUCCACGCUGUCAUGGCCAAAAAGGUCACAGAAGAACAGCUUGAUGCUCGCGUGCGUAAUGUUCUUAAUCUCAUCAAUUAUUCUCUCGCCUCAAGUGUACCAGAGAAUGCUUCCGAGAAACGAUUGAACCGCCCAGAAGACCAAUCACUUUUGCGACGAGCAGCGUCAGAGUCCAUUGUUCUUCUCAAGAACAGCGAUGGUAUCUUACCUUUUGCCAAGUCAAAGACAACCGCUGUUAUCGGACCAAACGCAAAGAUUGCUCGCUACUGCGGAGGAGGCAGCGCGUCCCUGAUUCCGUACUACAGUGUUACACCAUAUGAUGGUAUCGCAAAGAAAUGCGGAAGUGUAGUCUUUGCACAGGGUACAACAGACCAUCAGAUGCUUCCUCAGAUGGGCAAUGUGCUCAAGACGGAAGAUGGCCAGCCAGGCUUCACUUGGAGAGCCUAUAAUGAGCCAGCGUCAGCCAAGGACCGAGUUGCAUUAGAUGAGCGCGUUCUUGUCGACUCAAAUUGCUUCUUUUUGGAUUAUGAGCAUCCAGAUCUGUCCGCAGUCUGGUAUUCCCGGGCUGAAGGAACCUUCACUCCUGACGAAAGCGGUCUCUAUGACUUUGGACUGGGAGUGGAAGGCACUGGCAAACUUUAUAUUGACGAUGUAUUGUUGAUCGAUAAUGUCGAGGAUCAGACACCUGGGGAGACGCUCUUCGGCUCCGGCACUGUGGAAGAAAAGGGUAGCAUUGAAUUGAGGGCUGGUCAAGAUUACAAAGUCCGUAUCGAAUGGGGCUGCUUCAAAACGAGCAAGCUACCACCAUGUGGACCUGUUGGUGGCCGACACGGGGGAUUGAGAUUUGGUGCAUGCAGACGAACCGACCCUAUCCAAGCUAUUGAAAACGCUGUUCAAGUAGCCAAUUCUGUCGAUCAGGUUGUUCUUGUCGUGGGCUUGAAUGGUGAGCUAGAGUCUGAGGGUACAGAUCGAACCACCAUGGAGAUGACUGCGCAUACCAAUGCUCUUGUCUCCAACGUACUUACGGCAAACCCCAAUACUGCUGUAGUAGUCCAGUCAGGCACGCCGGUGGGUAUGCCUUGGAUAGACAACGCUAAAGCAGUGUGCCAAGCUUGGUAUGGUGGUAAUGAGACAGGAAACGCCAUUGCAGAUGUGUUGUUUGGUGAUGUGAAUCCGGCUGGCAAACUACCAUUGACUAUCCCCCGCCGAAUUCAAGACAACCAUACAUACUUCAACUUCCGUAGUGAGGCAGGGCGGGUCCUCUACGGCGAAGACGUUUAUGUGGGAUACCGGUACUACGAGAAGAUCGAUAGCAAGCCGCUCUAUGCUUUCGGCCACGGUCUCUCAUACACUAGCUUCUCGCUGCAGAACUUGAUCGUGCAGGUUAAUGAUACCAUUUGCAAGGUUACACUUCGGAUAAUCAACACGGGUUCUCGCGCUGGAGCCGAAACCAUUCAAGUCUACGUUGGCCCACCAUCGACCACUGAUAUUGGCCGACCUGUUAAGGAACUCAAAGCGUUCCGCAAGGUCUAUCUUGAGGCAAGAGAAGAGAGACAGAUCACGAUUGAGAUGGAUGCAAUUCUUUCUACAAGUUAUUGGAACGAGGCUCGCGACAAGUGGUGCAGCGAGAAGGGCGAAUAUAGUGUCCUGGUUGGUACGAGCAGUGCGGAUACGCCGAUGCAAGCCUCGUUCCAGGUGAACAAGACGAGAUAUUGGAAAGGUCUGGCGCCUUGA